UAAAAACCCAGGUGUUUAGAUGUUCAUUCUCUCAUUUUUCUUGACGAACCCCAGACAAUUGGCAAAAAAAAUGGGGAGACUUACACUUAUAGCAGGAUUGGGCUUGGUGCUCUGCCAUGUUGCCUUCUCCAUGGAAAUGGCAUGCUACUUCACCAACUGGUCUCAGUACAGACCUGGAAUUGGAAAGUAUACCCCUGCAAACGUUGACCCUUUCCUUUGUACACACCUCAUCUAUGCUUUUUCGAUCAUCAACCAAAACAACGAGCUUGUCACCUAUGAGUGGAACGAUGAUGUUCUCUACAAGGCAUUCAAUGACCUCAAGAACACUAAUCCCACUCUUAAGACUCUUCUGGCUGUUGGGGGAUGGAACUUUGGUUCAGCACAGUUCUCCAUCAUGGUAUCCAAUGCUGCAAACCGCCAAACAUUCAUCCAGUCUACCAUCAAGUUCCUAAGAACUCAUGGAUUUGAUGGACUGGACCUGGACUGGGAAUACCCUGGAGCAAGAGGAAGUCCACCUGAAGACAAACAAAGAUUCACACUGCUGUGCAAGGAACUUGUUGAGGCCUAUGAGGCUGAGGGUAAAGCUACUGGCAGACCUCAGCUGAUGCUGACCGCUGCUGUAUCAGCUGGCAAAGGCACAAUUGAUGAUGGAUAUGAGAUUGCAGAGAUUGCCAAAUACCUGGACUUUAUCAAUGUGAUGACUUAUGACUUCCAUGGAACUUGGGAGAGAUUCACAGGACACAACAGCCCCCUGUACCAAGGCUCAAAGGAUGAGGGAGACCUGAUCUACUUUAAUACCGACUUCGCUAUGAGCUAUUGGAGGGACAAAGGAACCCCUGUGGAGAAACUCAGAAUGGGUUUCGCAACAUACGGUCGCACUUUCCGCCUGACAUCUACAGAUACUAGCGUUGGAGCCCCAGCUAGUGGACCUGCAUCAGCUGGAACCUACACUCGUGAGGCUGGAUUCUGGGCUUACUAUGAGAUCUGUGGCUUCCUAGAGGGAACAACAAUUCAGUGGAUUGAUGAUCAGAAGGUGCCUUAUGCCACAAAGAACAGCGAAUGGGUUGGAUUUGACACCAAGGAGAGCUUCGAAACUAAGGUUCAAUACCUAAAAGACAAGAAAUUUGGUGGAGCUUUCGUAUGGGCGCUAGAUCUGGAUGACUUUGCUGGACAGUUCUGUAGUCAGGGGAACCAUCCUCUCAUGGGCCAUCUGCACAAUCUUCUGGCCAUUGAAGUACCUCCGAGGCCUCCAACCACCACCCUCAAACCUGGCCAAACCACAACACCCACCACAACUACCACCACCACCACCACUCAUGCUCCAGGACCAGGAUUCUGUAAUGGAAAGCCAGAUGGACUCUAUCCUCACCCUGAAGACCCCAACAAAUACUAUAACUGUGCAGGAGGCAAUACCCACGAGGAUCAUUGUGCCCCAGGCACUGUGUUUGAUGACAGCUGUAAGUGCUGUGUUUGGCCCUAAGGGAUCACCUUCUAAAAAUCAUCUGCAAAAACUGCACAAAUGACACCAAACAUUAGUUGUUUUAUGUUCAUGAACUAAAGAUAGUAUACCUAAAUGUAACACAAUUAUGUUUUCAUUCCAUCUGGGUGCAGUUUGUUAGUGUAAGUACCUCUUUUUAAAUGACUUGCUGUUUCUUGGUCUUUUUUUGUGAAAAAAUAAAUAAACUGACCUGUCAUCUA